AACACACGCAAUUUGAAUGAAAAACCUCAAUACAACUCCAAUAAGGUGCAAAGACUCUUCCCCUCAUGUUCUAAGGUUUUAAGAUCCAUGUUUGAUUGAGAAGCUGCUUCCAAGGUAAAGGAUAUCACAACCAGAUUGCAACAUUUUGAAACUGGAACAAGAGCACUAGGGUUGAUCAGUCUCAUGAGGGUCGAAGAUGGCAAAAAAUCCAAAAAAGAAGCUUCAAGAAGACCACUUACUUCUUCUCGACCGGAACGUCAUGUUUAUGGUCGUUCGUCCGAAGUGAAGACGUGGACUGAAGAAGGACUUCUGGUUUGGUGCAGUUACAUUUUGGCGCCAUCUGUGGGAAACUGAACUAAAGGCUCCUUUGUUGCUCUUAUCAUGGUGAAAACUAGGUCAGCCCGAGGUGGAAACUCGUCUCAGCCUCUUGGACAAGGCCAGGUUCCCAGCAACCUUCCGCCUCAUCCCCCACCCCCAAUUCCAAAUACGAUCCCUCCUGUUGAUCAUGCAGAAGGAGAAGACGAAAAUCAACCACACAAUUCGGUUAGCAACUCAGCCUUUACUGCUAACCAAGACGUAGUCGCAACUCAGCUCGCUGCCAUGCAACAGCAGUUUGGUGUUUUUCAGCUAGUGCUGGCUCAGUUAUUAGCCCGGAACAAUCCUGGUGAUCCACUCAUCAACCUACUUAAUCCUGCUCCACAGCCUCCAGCCCCACCACAAAAUCAGGACCCAGUUCAACAUGCUCCCGCUGUUAAUGAAUCUCAGGGCCAAUCUCACAUCGCACCAGUUAUGCAACCCCCUCGUGAUGAUGUCACUCGACGUUUAGAUAGCUUAGAAAAGCUAGUGGUCGAACAACGAGGUAUCCCACCUUCACACCCUGCUGCUGACUCCGUACCUCACCCUCUCAACACCAAUAUUAUACUGGAACCCUACUCCGCUGGCUUCCGAAUACCACAGCUUGAAACUUAUGAUGGGACGAAGGACCCCGAUGAUCAUCUACAUGCUUUCUACUCUUGCAUGCAGGCCCAGAACGCCUCUGAUGCGUUAAUGUGCAAAAUCUUUCCCUCUACCCUCCGAGGUAAUGCUCGAACCUGGUAUUACAGUCUGCCUUCGAGGUCAAUCAACUCAUACACAGAGCUGGCAUCUGCUUUUGCCACAAAGUUUUCUAGUAGAAGGUUGAUCAGGAAAACCACUUCUGAGCUGAUGCGAGUUAAGCAGAGGGACGGAGAGUCUUUGAAGAAUUUUAUGAGCAGAUUCAAUGAUGUAGUACUAGAGGUUAACUCUUUCGACCAAGCUGUGGGAAUUACAGCUGUGAUCUCAGGUCUUAGCCAUGAGAGAUUCCGAGAUAGUUUGCUCAAACAUCCUGCCAACACCUUCAGCGAGGUAAACGAUAGAUCGUUGAAAUUCAUAACGGUUGAGGAAUAUGCCCUGUCGCAGCACCUAACUCCUAUUAAGAGCCAACACUCGGACUGGAGAGAUGAGAAUCCGAACAGGAAACGGAUAAAGACAACACAGAACCGAGGUCCGAUGUCGACUUCCACCCCGAGAUUCGGAAGGCCGAACUCAGCACCUCCGCAACAACCUGCAGGUAAACCUCUAGUUAAUUGGACUCCUUUUAAUUUGCCGAGGUCACAAAUUUUUAUGCAGAUUAAGAAUAAAAUGGACUUACGACGUCCGGGUCCAAUGAGAACUGCUGCUGCUACCAGAGACCAUACUAGGUACUGUGAUUUUCAUCAGGAUCACGGUCAUACAACAGAGCAAUUUGUCACACCUCACAAUGAUCCUCUAGUCACUUCUGUCACAAUCAACAAUUGUGAGGUGCACCGUGUCCUUGUUGACACAGGGAGUGCACCAGACAUCAUGUACUUCCAUUGUUUUGAGAGUCUUGGGUUAGAUCCAGCUCUGUUGCAGCGGUAUGAUGGUCCCAUCUACGGGUUCAAUAACCAACCAGUUCCAGUUGAAGGAGUCCUGACCAUGAAUGUUGCAUUCGGAAGUGGCCGAAGUUAUGUGACCCCUUCCGUGAGGUUUUUAGUAGUCAAGAUGGCAUCCUUUUUCAAUGCUGUCAUUGGCCGACCUACACUGACUGAAAUCCGAGCUGUGGUUUCCCAGUCUCACCUCUGCAUGAAAUUCCCAACUCCUACGGGAAUAGCGACGCUACGAGGCAACCAGGAGGUAGCCCGACAUUGCUAUAUCACCUCGGUCACGCAACCUCAGAAGGGAAAAGACCAGGCACCGGAGGUCAAUCCCAAACGGAUUCCUGACGAUCGGCAAAUUGAUGACAGAGAUCCGAGCCGGAAAACACAAAUUGGGACUAAAUUGAACCCCGAGGAAAGAGCAGAGCUAAUAGCUUUUUUUCGGGCCAAUAAAGAUAUUUUUGCAUGGACUUCAGCAGAUAUGCCGGGAAUUCCCACUUCAGUUUUCCAACACAAACUCAGCACCAAUCCCCUCAAGAAACCAGUAGCCCAGAAGCGAUGCCUCUUCGGGGGGGAGAGGUUAAAGGUUAUUAAAGAAGAAGUCGAGAAACUCCUACAAGCCGGCUUUAUCAGAAGGGUAGAUUACUGUGAGUGGGUUGCCAAUCCGGUGUUGGUGAAAAAAGCAAACGGUAAAUGGCGGAUGUGCAUUGAUUACACUAACCUUAACGAUGCAUGUCCAAAGGACUGUUAUCCAAUGACAAACAUUGAUAAGCUGGUUGAGGCAGCUUCGGGAAAUGAGAGAUUAAGUCUCUUGGAUGCAUACUCAGGCUACCACCAGGUCCCAAUGGCUUCCGAGGAUGAAGAAAAAACCUCGUUCUAUACCGGCGAUGAGAUCUAUUGCUAUGUAAUGAUGCCCUUCGGCUUGAAGAACGCAGGUGCCACUUACCAGAAGAUGGUUACCAUCGUAUUCCGAGCUCAGAUAGAACGGAAUCUGGAAGUUUAUAAUGAGGCUAAAUCCAGCAAAGUGCAUCUUUGGCGUGGAGUUUGGAAAGUUUUAGGCUUCAUGGUGUCCAGGAGGGGAAUCGAGGUUAACCCCGAGAAGAUCAAAGCAAUUGCCGAAAUGGAACCGCCGAAGUCAGUGAAGGACAUACAGAGGUUGACUGGAAGGGUAGCAGCUCUUCAUCGGUUUAUAUCGAAGUCAACAGAUAAGUGCCUACCAUUUUUCAAGAUUAUGAGGUCAGUUGCCCAGAAGGAUGAAUCGGGCAAACAGAAGAAGUUUGAAUGGACUCAAGAAUGCCAAGUCACAUUUGACGAGCUGAAGUCUUAUCUUAGCUCACCACCUCUACUGACUAAAGCCAAAGAUGGAGAAAUCCUCUAUUUAUAUCUGGGAAUUUCAGAUGAAGCCAUUAGUUCGGUUCUGGUAAGAGAAGAAGCCAAGCAGCAGAAACCAAUAUAUUAUAUCAGCAGUGUGCUGCAUGGAGCUGAGCCGAGGUAUUCUAUAGCUGAAAAAGCAGCCUUAGCAGUUGUCCAUUCGGCCAGAAAGUUGAGGCCAUACUUCCAGUCGCACCCGAUCAUUAUUCUUACAGACCAACCCCUUCGGCAGAUUCUGCAAAAGCAUGAGUGUAAUUCCAUUCCUACUCCGGAGCCCAAUGACUGGACCUUAUAUGUUGAUGGGGCGUCUAGUAGCAAAGGUUCAGGAGCUGGUGCCCUCUUGAUCGGCCCAGAUGGAUACCGAAGUGAACAUGCCUUGAAAUUUAACUUCGAUGCAACAAACAACAUGGCUGAGUAUGAAGCCCUGCUACUUGGUCUGCAGCUAGCAUUGGAAUUAAAACUCAGUGCGAUCCAAGUAUAUAGUGACUCCCAGCUGGUGGUGAACCAAAUUAACUCAAUCUGCGAAGUUGUUGAUCCUGUGAUGGUAAAAUAUGUAGCUCUGGUGGCCGAGCUGAAGUGCAAAUUCCAGAAAUUCUGUUUGAGUAAAAUCCCCCGAACUGAGAAUGAACAGGCAGAUUCACUCUCUAAAUUCGCCUCUGAUAGUUCUUCACAUUCUAGAUCAGUUUUUGUGGAGGUCUUAGAUGAACCAAGCUUCAUGAAGUCACGAGUGAUGGAGAUCAGCACCGACCCCGGCACACCAAACUGGAUUGACCCAAUCCUCUCCUUCUUACGAGAUGGGAUAUUACCCGAGGACAGGCAGGAGGCAAUGAAGUUGAGGAGAAAAGCAUCCCGAUAUACACUUAUUGAUGGGGUCCUCUAUAAGCGAUCUUUCUCUCUACCUCUUCUACGGUGCUUGAAUCCCUAUGAAGCAGAAUAUGCACUCAGGGAGGUGCACGAAGGUGUCUGCGGAAGUCACGUAGGUGCUCGAACUUUGGCUCAUAAAGUCCUUAGACAGGGUUAUUAUUGGCCCAACAUGUACAAGGAUGCCACUCACUUUGUUCAGAGAUGCUUGAAAUGUCAGUUCUUUGCGCACCUGACUCAUCAGCCUGCAGAAGAGCUCACUACUCUAGUGGCACCAUGGCCAUUUGCUCAGUGGGGAUUGGAUCUUUUGGGCCCAUUCGUGAAGGGGGUUGGUGGUGUAACCCACUUGAUUGUCGGUGUAGAUUAUUUCACAAAGUGGGUUGAAGCUCGGCCGUUGUCCAGUCUUACUUCUAAGAAGGUUGAAGACUUUGUUUUCAGCUCAAUCAUCUGCAGAUAUGGGAUCCCGAAUCAAAUUGUGGCUGAUAAUGGAACUCAAUUUAACUGCACCUCUUUUCGAGAUUUCUGUUCCAGUUACGGGAUUAAACUACAGUUCACCUCGGUUUACCAUCCGGAGUCCAACAGUAUGGUCGAAUCUGUUAACAAGUGCAUCUUAGAAGGUAUAAAGCCGAGGCUAGAACAACACAAGGCCAAGUGGGCAGAUGAGCUCAACAACGUCCUCUGGGCAUACAGAACUACAAGUCGAACUGCCACAGGUGAAACACCUUAUCAUCUGGCUUUUGGUACCGAAGCAGUCAUUCCUGUCGAGAUUGGAGUUCCAAGCUUCAGAGUCACCCAUUUCGAUGAAGGACGGAAUGGACAACUGCUUCGGGAGAACCUUGAUUUGCUUGAUGACAUUAGAGAAGAAGCACGACUUCGAACUCUAGUCUACAAGCAGAAAAUAGAAAACUUCUACAAUAAACGAGUUCGACCCCGAACAUUCAAAGUAGGAGACCUUGUUCUCAGGAAAGCAGGUCUGACGGGGUUCGAAACUCGAUUUGGCAAAUUGGCACCAAACUAGGAAAGCCCCUACACUGUCGCCGAAGUGCUGCACCCAGGUGCUUAUAUCCUACGGGACACUGAAGGAAAACGGGUUCCUAGAGUCUGGAAUGUCAAUAAUUUGAAGAAAUUCUAUCCUUAAUGCAUCUCUUUCCAGUAAACUUUGUCUCAUUUUUAUAUUCAUUGUCCGAACUCAAUUCCUUUACAUCGUUAAUGAACUUCACUUCACAUU